AAAUAUAUUAAGAGGGUGUAUUGAAUACAAACAUCUAUUAUUCAUGUUUAUUAUUAUUUGUUCGUUUUAACCCUUAGCUUUUUUUGCUUUUUAGAGGCUUGUCAUCACACGUGAUUUGUUCCAAAAGGCACGUUUUUUUCGCUUGUCAAAAAGAAAACAGGAAGUAUACCGAGGAGGAGUUUUGUUGACAGGUGACAGGAGCUAUAGUUGUUCACUAUUAAAGCAAAGUUCAGAAGAAGUUAAGUGAUUAAACACCAGAGAGGUGACAGUUCCUCAAACAGCAGACAUGAGUGGCAAACAAGAAGUCAGUUUUGAUCCAAAAGAGCACCAGCACCUGCGUUAUAACCCUCUGCGGGACACUUGGGUCCUGGUGUCGGCCCACCGCAUGAAGAGACCCUGGGCAGGUCAGGUAGAGAAACCUCCUGAGGAACACAUCCCCAGACAUGACCCCCGCAACCCACUCUGUCCCGGGAACACACGUGCAAAUGGAGAGGUAAAUCCAGAAUAUGAGAGCACGUUUCUUUUUGAUAAUGACUUCCCCGCCCUUCAGCCAGAUGCUCCAGAUCCAGGUUCAGAUCAACACCCAUUGUUCCAGUCUAAAGCUGCACGGGGCGUCUGUAAGGUCAUGUGUUUCCAUCCCUGGUCAGACGUCACCCUCCCUCUCAUGAAGAAACAAGAGGUUGUCAAGGUGAUUGACAAGUGGGCGGAGCUUGUUGAAGACCUAGGCACCACGUACCCCUGGGUUCAGAUCUUUGAGAAUAAAGGAGCUAUGAUGGGCUGUUCAAAUCCACAUCCUCACUGUCAGGUGUGGGCCAGCAACUUCCUGCCUAAUGAGCCGGCUCUGUCAGACCGCUGUCAGAGAGCCUACCAUCAGAAACAUGGAGAACCGCUGCUGCUGCACUAUGCCAAACAAGAGGCUGAGAAAAAGGAGCGUGUGGUGGUGGAGAGUUCUGAUUGGCUGGCGGUGGUUCCAUAUUGGGCAACGUGGCCCUACCAGACGCUGCUGUUACCACGACGACAUGUCCUCAGGAUCAAUGACCUGACACCGGAGGAGAGGGAGGGUCUGGCUGACAUUAUGAAGCGACUGAUGACCAAGUAUGACAAUCUGUUUGAAAUCUCUUUCCCCUACUCCAUGGGCUGGCACGGAGCCCCGACUGGCCCCCAUCUAAAGGAAGACAACUCUCACUGGCAGCUGCACGCUCACUACUACCCUCCUCUGCUGCGUUCGGCCACAGUUAAGAAGUUCAUGGUCGGGUACGAGAUGCUCGCCCAGGAGCAACGGGACCUCACCCCUGAACAGGCUGCUGAGAAGCUAAGGAAUCUACCAGACGAGCACUAUAAAACCAGGGAGAACCUAGAAAAAGGAGGAGAGAAAGAAGAUGCAGGAAAAGUGAAACAACCUGUUUGAUGUUUUGUAGAGAGGGGGAAAAUACUGCUUUAUUUAAACCACAGUAUGCUUUUUGGAAAUAUACGAUUGUUGCUUUUGUUUUGGAAGUACCGUAAAAAUGACAUUUAAACUUCACGAUAUGCAAAUUCUCUGAAGUGGUGCAACAUGUUAAAGUGCCUUUGCAAACACAGGGGUUUCAGAUAUUCUUACUUUCUAAAUAUGCAUAUAUUUUCAAUACAUAUCUGUAUCAAAGCUGGUAAUACUAUAAUUAAGAAAUGGACGUCAAACAAAAAUGUGGUAUGGAACUCCUCGUCCAUGUUUCAGGGAGAUAAUGAGAGAACAUUAUUCUUUUUUCCCUCUGUCCCUUCUGUUGAAAUUAAACAAACUUUGUUUGUUGUUUCGUGACGUUGGACGCCUUUCAACCACAAAGCUUUUUCUCCCGACAACACAAGGAGUUAUUUGUGAUUCAAAUGAAUGCCUUUUUGUUUCUUGUGAAUGUUUUUACACGGACAAUAAAUAAUUCUUGAAGUA